GUCGCACGCCGCGCUUGGUAAAGACUAGCGACGCCAACAGGAUUAGCCACGCUGCAGCUAGCUUGCGAGUAGUAUCGAAAUGAUGGCGGAUUACAAGCAAAACAGCGAGGACUGCACCAGCGACAGAGGGCCGGAGGAGGAGGGAGGCAGAGUGAAAAAUAAGCCUGUCUCUUCUAGCACUGAGGGAGAAGGAGCGACUGCGGCCAAACGCACUGCCCAGCAUCUCACAGCUGAAGUCGAGGACGAGUCCUCCACAGGCCCCCCUGCGCCCCCCAAAGUCUCCAAACUAGGCUUUGACAAGAUCAGCCAGCUGGGGAAGAAGGCCAACCCGAUUUCAAUCAAACUUGGAGCAACAAAACCCAAAGAGCCUGUACCAACGCGUCCUGCUAAAAAGCUAGCGCUGGCCUCUGUUUUCAAUGAGGAUGACGAUAGUGAACCUGAGGAAAUGCCUCCAGAAGCUAAGAUGAGAAUGAAGAACAUCGGCAGGGAAACUCCAACAUCUGCAGGACCCAAUUCUUUCAACAAGGGCAAGCAAGGUUUCUCUGACCAUCAAAAACUUUGGGAGAGGAAGCUAAAGGCCCAGGCAGACCAAUAAUAAGUGAUCAGCGUUGUGUUUUUGUCACUAUGGGAUGGUGUUCUAUUGGUUAAACCAUGUCAGAAAGAUCCAUGGAGGCUCAAAUUAUUCCCUAACUUUAGCCCAUGAUUUAACAACCUUUGAGUAUGUUCUUCCUGGAACUUGUUAGUUUUUUGGACAGGAACCAUUCAAGCCUUUUGUGAUUUUUAGUGACUCAGCUCAUGAGUAUGAUUCUAAUUACUAUCAGCUGAUGCUACGUGAUAGGAGCUGUGCCAGAGAGCCAUAGCUCUGGGUGGGGGGUGCAGAGAUGGAACAUGCAAAUUAGCCAGAAUAGUAUUUAAACUGUGUAAAAUGCUAGUUCGUUUGUUUGGGUCUGUUAAAAUUACAUUUUAAAAAAAAGAAAAAAAAAAGUACUGAUAAAUUGUUUGCUGGCUAUUUUGACAGUCAGGUAUCUUUAAAUCCCCACAUCCCUCAGUUCAGAUAGCACAUGCUUGUUUCUAGUUGAAGCUGGUUCUAUGUGGUCCUGAGAAGGUUUUUUUUGUUUUGCUUUUUUGGUGUAAAAAUGUACAUAGAAUAAACCGUGAUAAUGUUUUAUUUUUAAAUUCAAUGCUUUGGAUGUGUCUGCGUGUAUGUUUAUGUGUGUGUGUGUGUGUGUGUGUGUGUGUGUGUGUGGCAAAGUAUGUAUUAGAAGUAGCCUAGACACAGGAUUCAUUAGGUUUUAUCUAUUUUCCCAACAUAAAUGUACAACUCCAAUUUGUUUUUCACCUAUUGUGCCACUACAUAGGCUGUUGUUUUUUUUUUUCUCAUUUGUAUGAGCGUCAGUGUUUCUGGUCUUGUUUACCCAACAUGUAAUUCCUCUCUGCUCCAUUGCAUCUGGCACAGUUAAGAAAUGUCAUCGUGCUGUUGAUCUUCAAAAUGAAAGGACUGAUACUGUUUUUGUAUCAACGGUCAAUAACUCUCCUGUGGAGAACAGCAUAGUACAGCUGUGAUUUGACUACCAGGAUCCUGGUAUCUCAAUUAUAUUUUGUUGUUUUUGGGAGGUUGUGAUUACCGUCUGGAGUCUAUCAACCUGUCUUAGUAAUGAUUGGGAACAUUUACAUAACUUUAGGCUUUUGAUUGACAGUGUUUUCACUGCACCUGUCACAUCAGAAGGCCCACCCCUCAGCAACAUUGACCAAAUCCAUUGUUUGCUCAAAUAAUUGAAAGAAAUAAUUGUGAUACUUCACUUUCUCCUGUGCCUGAAACUCCUUUUGAAAAAUGCUUUGAUCAUAAAUAAAGACACUGAAUUCCUCUGUU